AAAGUUGAAAGCUUUAAUUUUGUCAAGAUUCAAGAAUCCAACCAAAAAGAUGUAACCCCUAAUUUCUGAAGGGCCAUUAAGUUUUGUAAACCACCAAAUUGCAAUAAAAUCUUAGGGAACUUAAGGUGAAUAGCAGGAUAAGCCCCUGAUGCUGUGACUAUCAAUAAAUCAACCAUAAAGAAGAGAUUUUUGGGUCAGAAACUCAAGUUUCUGAGUUGGGUUUCUAUUAAUCAUGGUUGAACGUUGUCUUAUGGCUUCUCAUGGUUAUCCUCCAUGGCUUUUUUCACCUCCAGAAUUGAGGGUUUUAAAGGAUAGUCUUCCUUUUUUUCCUAGUCCUGGAGUGAAUCAAGAUAUUGCGAAGCCAAGUUGUGCCAGCGUAAGGUUUAACCAGAGACUGGAUUUAUGGAAACCGAUGAGUCGGCUAUUGGCAGGCAAUCCCUUUGUCAGGAUUCUAUCAACCGCUGAAGGAACAGAACUCAUAGAUGCACGAGACGAUCAUUUGAACUCGGUGCUCUUGAGCUUUGGGAUUGCUGAACAAUGCAAAAGGCAGGAGAAUAUUCUGAAGUACCUUAGAUCUGGAUCAAAUGAUGUAGAAAGCGGUGAAAUAGAUAUAGCUAUACUCUUUGAUCUCAUGGGACCACUGGUACAUGCGAUAAACAUGCAUCAACAACAAUUUCCUUCUUAUCUCGAACAACAGUCUCAUGAUGCUAUGUCUCAGCCAUCUCUUGUUUAUCCAAGUGCUGCACUCCACCUAUGGGAACCUUCUUCAAAUUUGAUAGGACUCGAUUCAGGAAAAAUGAUUUAUUCUGAUGGUCGUCUAUUAGUUAGUGGUGUCAGUGCUAGCAUUGAGAUGAAGGACAUACUUUCAAUUAUCUCCGAGUUCUACUUCUCAAAGGACUCAAUGAAAUGCACAAAGCAUGCAAUGGUGGUUCCAUACUUUGACAGGAAGACAUGCAAGACAAAGUCCAAAGGUGAAAGUUCUGCUCAGAAACUUGACGUGAAAGCAGCAUCUCUACGGAGUCCUCAGAAAACUAAGUACCAGACAUCACCUCAGAGAAAGAGCAACAAGAGAGCAGUUAAAGAGAGUGAGAUCUACAGGAACAAUUACCUCCAUGCAUGUGAAAGCCUUCUGUCCAUAAUAGUUGACAAGAAACGGCAUGGAAAAACUGCGAUACUUUCAUUGAAGAAAUCGGGUCCCCAACUACCAAAUUUUCUGACCACGUUCUCUGCUACCAUUGCUGGAACCGGCAUAGCUGUCCUUUUCUCAAUUGCCUGCAGACUAGCCUGUGGAAGAAUCGUGUUCUCUGCACCUAGACUAUUGAACACUGGUUUAGGCCUUGGACUUAUAUGGCUCUCUUGGGCUGUCAAUAAUUUGAGGGACACAGUUGUGGUGAUCAACAGAAGUUCAGGCAAGUUGGAUAUGAUAGAAGAUGACAUGAUGAAUAAUUUGGACAAAAAUGUGAAGGAAAUCUACUUCAGAGCAGCAACUUUGCUGGCAGUCGUAGUGCUGAGGCUUGCUUGAUUUCAAGAACACAAGAUUUAGAGAUUGUAAAAACAUGCACAGCUUGGGGGGUGAUAUCAAUAGCUCGUUUUGGGACAUUCAACUGUAAUAUAAUAUUUGAGCAGAAAGAACUGGAUUUUCACAGCGCGAAACAUGUAGUGAGUAACAAAGCUCAAGCCCUUUCUACUCGUCUAGUUUGUUUUGUAGCGGAUAGUCUAGUAUAAUGAUGUGAAUAACACUAGCACGAGAGUUCUAAGCUA